AUGCAAUUUCUGCAGGAGAAGGUGAAGAUGAUAAAGAAGGAAGAGCCGGUGGUGGUGAAGAAUCCAGACGACUUUCCCGUUUAUUGGUUCGAGACCUCCGAUUCCGUCUCUCACCGUUUUCAGUUCCAAUCCGAUGGCCAACUCUCUAUGAAAGUUGUUGAUGAUGCAAGACCAGUUCCGCAGAAGAUUGUUGAAUCCUUCCUUAACAAGUUCUUCCCCUCUGGAUAUCCAUACAGUGUGAACGAAGGUUAUCUUAGGUACACACAAUUCCGAGCACUUCAGCAUCUCUCCAGUGCAGCAUUAUCAGUGUUAUCUACUCAGUCACUGCUAUUUGCUGCAGGCUUGCGGCCUACUCCGGCUCAAGCAACCGUUGUUAGCUGGAUUCUGAAGGAUGGGAUGCAGCAUGUGGGAAAGCUGAUUUGUAGCAAUUUGGGUGCAAGAAUGGACUCUGAGCCAAAACGGUGGAGGAUUUUGGCUGACGUACUCUAUGAUAUUGGUACUGGUCUGGAACUCGUCUCUCCUUUAUGCCCACAUCUGUUUCUUGAAAUGGCUGGUCUUGGGAAUUUUGCCAAGGGAAUGGCUGUGGUGGCUGCAAGGGCAACAAGAUUACCAAUCUAUUCAUCUUUCGCCAAAGAAGGAAAUCUUAGCGACAUAUUUGCCAAAGGAGAAGCUAUCUCUACUCUUUUCAAUGUUGCUGGGAUUGGUAUUGGGAUCCAACUGGCUUCCACAGUAUGUUCAUCAAUGGAGGGAAAGUUGGUGGUUGGAUCGAUUCUUUCAGCGGUACAUGUGUUUACCGUUGUAGAACAGAUGCGAGGAGUACCGAUCAACACACUGAAUCCACAGCGAACCGCUUUGAUCGUGGCUAAUUUUCUCAAGACUGGUAAAGUCCCAAGCCCUCCUGAUCUAAGAUUCCAAGAAGACCUUCUGUUCCCGGAGAGACCAAUCCAAGACGCAGGAAAUGUGAAAGUGGGAAGGGCUCUUCGUAAAGCUGUGAAGCCUUCUCAGGUGCAGAAAGUAAAAGAAGUGUUUGUAGAAGAGAAGUUUCUAUUGAGCCAUGAUGGGAAGUCAUGUACGGAUAUGGUUUUAGAGCACGAUGCAACUGGUGAAGAUGCGUUGCGAGGGUGGCUAGUUGCAGCGUAUGCCAAGUCUAUGAGAAAGAAGUACAAUGACUCUGAUGAUGUGAUACUGCAAGACGCAUAUGAGAAAAUGAACGAUGUCUUCAAUCCGUUUUUAUCUCAAGUGCAAGCUAAAGGAUGGUAUACUGAUAGGUUUCUCGAUGGCACGGGAACAAGAUUCGCUUGGUAG